AUGGCCAUUUCAAGUCAAUUGGGAUUCCCUGAUUUAUUUGUUACUUUUACCUGCAACCCAAAUUGGCCUGAAAUUAAAAGAGCAUUGUCAGGCACAGGUCUACAACCCCAUGAUAGGCCAGAUAUCAUUUCAAAAGUUUUCAAAAUAAAGUUUGAUACCCUCAUGGAUGAUAUUACAAAACACCAUGUCGUGGGAAAAGUGAUUGCAUUACCAAAAUAUUACAUCGAACUAACUUUCAAUUUAAUAGAUAUGUACACCAUCGAAUUCCAAAAGCGCGGAUUGCCACAUGCUCACAUCUUGAUAUUCCUACACCCUAAGAGCAAAUACCCAACACCAUCUGACAUAGACAAGAUCAUUUCUGCUGAAAUUCCCGACCCGACUGUUCAUCCCAAUUUAUACAAAUUGGUUAGGGCACAUAUGAUGCAUGGACCCUGUGGGCUUGCUCGCGUGACCUCACAAUGUAUGAAGAAUGGACGAUGUUCUAAAUACUACCCCAAAAAGUUUAUUGAAGACACUAUUGUUGAUGCAGAGGGAUAUCCGUUGUAUAGGAGAAGAUCAAAAACCUUCACUAUUGAAAAAAAUGGCUAUGACAGAAUAACAGCAGCAGUUUCAACAAAUAGCAAUCAACCUGUUGAUGAGAUCCAACAAUAUCUCGACUGCAGGUAUGUCUCACCCAGUGAAGCAUGCUGGCGCAUUUACUCUUACAAUAUUCAUGGCAGAAAACCAGCUGUGGAACGUAUGUUCUAUCAUUUGGUUGGGGAGAAACCUAUAUACUAUACAGAUUAUGCACGCAUGGAAAAUGUGCUGGAAACUGCAAGUGUGACUGAAUCAAUGUUUACUGCAUGGCUGGUAGCAAAUGCUAAAUAUGAAGAGGCACAAACAUUAACUUAUGGUCAGUUUGUCUCAAAGUUUGUUUACCACAAAAAAAAGAGAGAAUGGAAACCGCGGAAAAAAGGCUUCACCAUUGGACGUCUCAUAUGGGUUCCGCCAACAACUGGUGAACUGUUUUACCUGCGCAUGAUGUUGACGGUGGCAAAAGGACCAACAACAUAUGAGGAAAUCAGGACCGUGGAUAACAUUCAGUAUGAUACAUUCAGAGAUGCAUGCUUUGCAAUGGGAUUUCUUGAAGACGACAAAGAAUACAUAGCUUCUAUAAAGGAGGCAAGUCAUUGGGGGACUGGUCAUUUUCUUCGAAAACUGUUUGUUAUCAUGCUUUUGUCUGGUGCUGUUAAUCGCCCUGCACAUGUUUGGGAACAAACUUGGCUCCUAUUAUCUGAUGGUGUCUUACAUACACAAAGAGCAUUGGCUGCUAAUCCAGAAUUGGACCUCACACAAGAAGAGUUACAAAAUUUGACUUUAAUAGAAAUUGAGAAACUGCUUCAGGCAAAUAGAAGGACACUAAAGGAUUUUAGUCCUAUUCCAUAUCCGGAUGCUUAUGUUCUUGAACAGUUGGGAAACAGGCUCAUAUAUGAUGAGCGUAAUUAUGAUACAACAUCAAUGAACUCAGAAUUUGAAAAUCUGUUUGCUGCUCUUAUAGAUGAGCAAAGAAGUAUUUAUGAAAAAAUCAUCCACGCUGUGGAGUCUCAAAAACCUGCGGUUUUCUUCCUUCAUGGUUAUGGUGGUACCGGAAAAACAUAUAUGUGGAGAACACUCGCAGCUGCAUUAAGAUCAAAACACGAUAUAUGUUUAACUGUUGCAACUAGCGGUAUAGCAUCAUUGUUACUUCCAGGAGGUAGAACUGCACAUUCAAAGUUCAGGAUACCGGUACCAACUAUGGACAAUUCUACUUGCAAGGUUGAAUUCAACGAUGAUGUCGCAGACAUGUUACGACAGACAAAGCUUAUAAUAUGCGAUGAGGCACCAAUGGCGCAUAAGUAUGCAAUAGAAUCGCUUGACAGAACUUUGAAAGAUGUUAUGAGUGCAGACAAAAAUUCAACUGAUGUAUUCGGUGGAAAGGUUGUUGUUUUCGGGGGCGAUUUCAGACAGAUUUUACCUGUCGUCCCCAGAGGCAGUCACUCCGAUAUUGUACACUGUGCCAUAAAUGCAUCUUACAUAUGGCAUUCAGUUGAGGUAUUAACAUUGACAAGAAACAUGCGGCUACGAACAGGAUCAACACAGACUGACAAAAAUGAGAUAGCACAGUUUUCAGAUUGGCUUUUAAGAAUAGGAGAGGGCCGAAUAUCUGAGCCUAAUGACGGCACCGCCGAAAUCAACAUACCACCUGAUAUUCUGAUAACAGAAUUUGAUGAUCCAAUCGUGGCCAUUAUUGUUGAUCAGAUCAAUGACCAUAUACUUAGCUUGAUGCCAGGAGAGAUUCGUGACUACUACAGCGCAAAUUCAGUUGACAAGUCUGAGAUUCAUGACCCAGCAGUAGUUGAUAUCCUCACACCAGAAUUUCUAAGUUCCCUCCGAACAUCAGGAUUGCCAAACCAUCACUUAAAACUAAAGGUUGGGACACCUAUAAUGCUCAUGAGAAAUAUAGAUCAGGCUGAAGGUUUAUGUAACGGCACAAGGCUGUGUAUAACAAAGAUGGCAGCCCAUGUACUGGAGGCUUCAAUAAUGGGUGGUAAAGGUUUGGGAAAUUUGGUUUACAUACCUCGAAUGGACAUGUCACCAUCCCAAUCACCAUGGCCAUUCAAACUGAAUAGGAGACAGUUCCCUAUUAUAGUUUCCUAUUCUAUGACAAUUAACAAAUCACAGGGACAGUCAUUGGAUAACGUUGGUUUGUACUUACCGAAAGAUGUAUUCACACAUGGCCAGAUUUAUGUCGCAUUGUCAAGAGUAACAACAAAAAAGGGAAUCAAAAUACUGAUACAUGAUGAAGAAAAGAAAUUCAGGGAGAAAACUACAAAUGUUGUGUAUAAAGAAGUUUUUAACAAUGUCUAA